AUGAAAGAGAAAGUGGAGGAGAGGAAAGAGGAAGAGGAGAAGAGGAAGGAGAAAGAGGAGGACAGGAAGGAGGAAGAGGAGGGGGGAAGGCGGGAGAGGACAGCAAGGAGGAGAGGAAGAGAGGAGGGCAGGAGGAAGGAGGAGAAAGUGGAAGAGGAGAUGAAGGAGAAAGAGGAAGAGGAAGAGGAGAAGAAGAAGGAGAAAGAGGAGGAGAGGAAGGAGGAAGAGGAGGACAGGAAGGAGGAAGAGGAGGGAGGAAGGCGGGAGAGGACAGCAAGGAGGAAGAGAAGGAGAGGCAGGAGGGAGAGGAGAGAGAGAGGAGAGAGGAGAGAGAAGGAGGAAGAGGAGAGAGAGAGGAGAGGAGAGAAGAGAGAGAAGGAGAAAGAGGAAGAGAGGAGAGGAGGAGAGGAGAGAAGAAGAGGAGAGAGGAGGGAGAGAAGAGAGAGGAGAGGAAGGAAGGAGAGAAAGAGGAGGAGAGAAGAAGAGGAGGACAGGAAAGAGGAGGAGGAGAGGAGAGAGAGAGAGAAGGAGGAGGGGAGGGAGAGGACAGCAAGGAGGAAGAGAAGGAGAGGCAGGAGGGAGAGGAGGAGAGGAAGGAGGAAGAGGAGGAGAGGAAGGAGGGAGAGGAGGAGAGUCAGUCACCAUUACUAA